ACAGCCCUCCUGAGCUCUGUUGAUAUAGGCAGCUCUGUCCUUUCAGAGGAGGUUAUGGCUGAGGACUUGGUAAAGGGAAGAAGAGAAGACACGUCGGAUUAUGUGAUAGGAACUAUGCGUUAUAUCACGUGGAUGAGCGCAAUGUGUUUAUGAUCAGUGUUUUACGCAGCAGCUGUAAUGAGCUCUUAAUCAAGAAGACUUUGAAGCCGCUACAAUGUCGCACGCACAGGUUGAGAUACCAGGACGCGGUUUCCCAGGCCUCUCUAUGGAUCUGACUGAAGACUGCUUGUCCCGGGUGCCAUCCGUGCUGAGAACGCACGGUUUGGGCGCACGGAGGAACUCUUAUGGGCUUCAGAAAAUCAGCAUGGACAUUGACUCGCCUCUGUACAGCGGCGCCCUCUCCAAAGCUCUGUCCUGGUCUGCUGAGAAUAUUCUGUCUUUGCCCGAGUCCAGAGCAGAGGAUGAGAAAACCGACGACUCCCCUGCGUCGCCGUCCCCUGUCUCCAGCCCGGGGACCAGCUCCAACACGCCCCCCAGCAGCCAGGAGCCAGACACCGGGUCUCUCAGUGGGAACUGGGACCCCAUGCAGAGAUCCAGCGCUCAGGACGGCAGCUCGGAGUCUGAGAAUGAGCUCCAGAACAAGCAGAACAAGAUCUUGUCUCGCAUCACGUUUGAUACUCAGUGGGAGCAGGAGGAGAAGGAGGACGUGGAGACCAAAGCUGUGGCGACGUCUCCUGAUGGAAGAUACCUGAAAUUCAACAUAGAGAUUGGGAGGGGGUCUUUCAAGACGGUCUAUAAAGGACUGGACACGGAGACGACUGUGGAGGUGGCAUGGUGUGAGCUACAGACUCUUAAGCUGACCAAGGCAGAGCGGCAGCGUUUCAGUGAAGAGGUGGAGAUGCUGAAGGGUCUGCAGCACCCCAACAUCGUCCGAUUCCACGACUCCUGGAAGUCGACGGUGAAGGGCCACAAAUGCAUCCUCCUGGUGACUGAACUCAUGACGUCGGGCACGCUCAAAACGUACUUGAAGAGGUUCAAGGAGAUGAAGCUGAAGCUGCUGCAGCGCUGGAGUCGUCAGAUCCUGAAGGGGCUUCACUUCCUGCACACACGCACUCCUCCCAUCAUCCACCGGGACCUCAAGUGUGACAACAUCUUCAUCACCGGCCCCACCGGAUCCGUCAAGAUCGGAGAUCUGGGGCUGGCCACUCUCAAAAGUGCCUCUUUUGCUAAAAGUGUCAUUGGAACACCAGAGUUCAUGGCCCCGGAGAUGUACGAGGAGAAGUACGACGAGGCGGUGGACGUCUACGCCUUUGGAAUGUGCAUCCUGGAGAUGGCCACCUCUGAGUACCCGUACUCUGAGUGCCAAAACGCCGCCCAGAUCUACCGCAAAGUCACCAGCGGAAUCAAACCUGACAGCUUCUACAAAGUCAAAGUCCCAGAGCUGAAGGAGAUCAUUGAGGGCUGCAUUCGUAUGAACAAUGAUGAAAGGUACACCAUUCAGGACCUCCUGGAUCACCCCUUCUUCCAGGAGAACAACGGCGUGCACGUGGAGCUGGCCGAGGAGGACGACAUGGUGAAGUCGGGUCUGAAGCUGUGGCUGCGCAUGGACGACACCAAGAAGCUCCACGGGAAGUAUAAGGACAACAACGCCAUCGAGUUUCUGUUUGAGCUCUACAAAGAUGUGCCCGAGGAGGUGUCUCAGGAGAUGGUUGUGCUCGGGUUUGUGUGCGAGGCGGACUUCAAGCUCGUGGCCAAGGCCAUCAGGGACAGGGUGACGGCCAUCAAGAGGCAGAGAGAGAAGCUGAGGCGACAGGCGGAGGAGAGGAAGAAGAAGCUGGAGCAAGAGGCCAUAGAUGAAGAGCCAGAGCCUCAGACUCUGUUAGUUAGAGUCGGUGAAGUUACCGCAGCAGAGUCCCCAACUCCAACCUACACGCCUCCCGCACCACUCCUGUCUCCCGUCACCAGCUCUGUGGACUCUGGGGUCAGCUCCAGCUACCCUGCUGAGCCAGAGGAGCCUGAGGCGGACCAGCACUUUCACAUCCGGCACAACAGCCUGUCCUCUGCUAACUCUGACUGCGAGACCGACGGCUAUCUGAGCUCCUCUGGGCUUCAGGAUCCGCUGGAGGCCGGCAGCUUUAACUCCCCUGUGACCCCUCCCACCAAGCACCCUGACACCCCCACCGCAAACGGUCUCUCCAUCCCGGCCCUCCGCUUCCCCUCGAGCAUUGCUGUUUCCAACAACAUUGAACAUGGCAACUCGGCCCCCCAGAGCGGCUUCAACUCUCCUGUGGAAAGCUACGCCUCUGAUGUGACUUCAAGUCUGAGCGACGGCUACGAGGGCCUGUCAGAGAAGAACGAGAGGACGGCUGCGAGGCGGAGUGCUACCAAGCUGUUCAGGAGGAGGGCUCGGUCGAGGCUCCGCAUCACGGGGCUCUCUGAUAAAGUGGACCGCGUGGUGGAGUGUCAGCUGCAGACGCACAAUGACAAGAUGGUGACGUUCAAGUUUGAUCUGGAUGGAGAUAACCCUGAAGACAUCGCGGCUGUCAUGGUGCACAAUGAGUUCAUCCUGCCAUCAGAGAAGGAGGGCUUCAUCUACCGCAUGGGCGACAUCAUCAAACGCGCCGAAUCUCUGAUGGCCAAAGAGCAGCCGGUCCACCCAGGCGGGCACCGAUACCCCCAGCCUGCUUUCCACAACGGGGUUAACUCUUUGUCUUCCUCUCAGCCCAACCUGCACAGUCACACCCUGCCUCGAACAAACUCCUCCUCAUCACUACCCGACUUUGGAGAUCUUAACCCACAUGUAGCUGCACGUGGCUUCCCUCUCCUCCCCAACGGAGACAUCUUCACUGCAGACAUUACUUCACCUGGGCGACCCCUAUUACGCUCACAGUCUUUCCACAACGCCCCAGGGUCUCCACUCCAUUAUCAGCACCACCACAACCCAGCAUCCCUCCUGCCCCACCACCAGCACUACCACAUACCCUUCAUGGGCCACAGUCACUUCCCAUUCCCUUACCCAGGCUCUCCUGGAUCCCAAAAACCAGCCCUCCAUCCUCCCCUCACGCGUGUAGCCAGUAACCCCACAUUUCCCUCCGUCCCCUCCCCUGCACCCGGUUCCCCAAGUCCUCUGAACGAGACCCCGAGUCCUGUGAGCGGUGAUGGUGUCAACAUGUCCCCACCGAACCCCCAGCACCCCAACAUGUGGCCCCCUCACACGCAGCCCCUGUUUUCCUUAGCGAAUGUCAUUUCCAUGGCGAUGAGCAUGGCGCAGUCUUUCAUCCCUCCUGCAGGUAUGCCCAACCAAGGGAUGCCCUCCUACCCGGGCUACCACCCUCAGCUGCCCAGUCACCUCCCCCAUCAAUCAGGUUACCACUCCGUCUACCCCCAGCAUUACCAGACCUCACCAGUAGAGGCCUCUUAUCCCACAGUGGGCAUGCCAGCACAGAACAACUUCUACAACAGCCCUGAGCAUAUGCCUCAAGUUGAUGGUUUCUCUGAGAGCCCUCAUCCAGGCUGGCUGCAUCCUAUGUCUCCACCCUCCAUGCCUACCACUCCUCCGCCAGUUCCCCAAGAGCCUCUGCAUCAGGUCAGGUUCCCCAGUCCAACCAGUGUUAUCCAGGAACACAAUGUCAACCCUUUGGGUUCAUUCUCUGCACACGUUCACACCCAGACUGCACCGGCAUUGGAAGUGUCCUGUUCGAACUCCUCUUCUGACCUUUCUCCAUCACCUCCUUCAGAGAGCCCAGAAAGCACUUUAUCAUCCUUCAGCACUGAAAUGCAGCCGCCUAUCCCUGAGAUGACUGCCAGUACCCCCAAACCAAAAGCCUCUCCCUCUGAAUCUGAAGUUCGCUCUGCUCCGCUCACUGUCGGGCGAUUCAAGGUGACGCCCAGCAUGGACAUCCCCCCGCCUGCUGUGUGCAUCAUACCUGCUGCUCCUCAGCCAGCAGACAGCAGCAGCAGCAGCAGCAGCCAAUCAGAGAGCAGCACCGAGGAGCAGGGGGAGUCUGAGACGAGCCUGGGCACCUCCCUCACCCUGUCGCCUCCUCACCCACACCCCCACAGAGCGCUGACAGGGGUCAAACAGGAGGUGGACGCACAGGUGGGUUGGGUUCAGAGCCAGGAGAAACAGCAGCAGCAGCAGGACAGAGAGGAAGAAGAAGAGGAGGAGGAAGAGGAGGAAGAAGAGGAGGAGGGGGAGGAGGAGGAAGAAGUUCAAGGGGAUCGACAGAGGAUGAGGAGGAGGACGAGAAGGAGGGCGUACAGCUUGAGUCUGAUGGGGACGUCGGCGGACAGCGGGCUCUCUGUUACAGCUGCAGAGAUGGAGGGGAGGCUGUGGGACGGAGCGCCCGGCAGCCCGCAGUACAGCAACGCCCUUCAUCACCUCUGGAUGAUGACCUACAACAGAAACACUCCGUACCUGAGCAGCGACGACUCAGACAGUGAUGAUGAAGACAUGCUGGUGGAGCUGCAGGAGCUCAGAGAGAAACACCUUACAGAGGUACAGACCCUGCAGGCCGCCCAGAAGAGAGAAAUCGAGGAGCUGUAUGAGAAGAUGGGAAAGGUUCCUCCUCCGGGCAUCGUCUCUCCUGCUGCUAUGCUCUCCAGCCGACAGCGCCGUCUGUCCAAGGGAAGCGGCUUCCCAUCGUCCCGCAGGAACAGCCUGCAGCGCCUGGAUAUGCUGCCACUCCAGGGGAUCAUUAGGAGGAACUCUCUUGGAGGCAGCAGCAGCAGCUCCCAGGAUAAACCCAGCAAAGGCGUCACCUUCGCCGCUGACAUUAGUAGAAUGUAAGAAACUCUCAGCCUAGCACGCUGUACUUUUGGACUACCUCAUCUGAAGUGUGACUGCAGUGGUCAAACCCGUCCUGUAGGAGGAACACUUGUCACUGGCACACCGAUCAGCGAACAACUCUCCUCCAACAGUGUUCAAUUACCUCAACGCUCAAAUAAACUGUCAUCAGUGACGCUGGAUUUACACAGGAGCUGUAACAUCCCGUUCUCAGCAAACACAUCUGGUGAAUUUAUCGCAGCUGAAGCACAGAGUACCUACCAAUGUGUUGGAGAAGACGAGUUCUUUUUCUUGUAAAUAAACUCUCAGAUCCACUGGUUCAGUCACGUGACCCUGCAGAGUGUCACAUCACAGGGUUCUUUUUAAUGUUCCUCUGAGCGAGCUUGUUGUUUGAACGCAGUCGAAGCGUAGAUCAGAGCGCUGCCCUGACUGCGACUUUGACCCAGAGUAAUAAUGAUAGUUACUGUUUCCCUGCUUGUCUGAUUCACUGCCGUUGAUCAAUGUGAGCGCAGUGAUGUGAACCCGCGGCGAGGCUCGGACACUUUUCCUGACAGCUGUAUAAAAAAAAUGACGACACUUCUGAUAAUCGUGUUUGCUGUAGUUUUUGUAGAUUUUAAAGAUGUCUCAGCACCUGCUGACUGCACAGUGAAUACACUCUGAUCAUUGCCUUCCAGGGGCCGUAGAGAGCAAUCUAGAUGCUUUGUACAGUUUGAUUACUAUGAAAUCAUUUUGCUGAAGUUGUGUUUUGACACCUGAUGAGAUGACCUGCAUACUUUGGAUUCAGCCUGAAGGAGCUCAGCUGCAUUUUACCGGACAUCUUUAAAUGUUGUGAAAAGGAUAUCCCAUACUGACAUCAUGUGAGACAGAGUUAUUGUUUGUUAAACAAAAUCAGUGUUUCAGUGAAAAAACAUGAUUUUUUAUUAACAGUUAUAAAUCAUAGCAUAGCGCUUUCUUCAGCACAGAGAGAGACUCUCUUUUAAACUGUUAGUCUGGCUUCAAUGAUGCAGACGACCUUAGCUUCAACGUCAGACAAGGAUUCAAUUAAAAUGAUUUCUUUGGUAUUGAUUAGAUGUACAAAAUGAACCUAGGUUUGAAACUACUGGCUUUCCUGUUUAUUGUACAUGUGUAAAUAGUAGAGUGCAUUUGUAGAUCAUGUUUACAAGUUAAGAGUAAACUAAACCUUAUUUCUUGCUCAAGCAGAAUUCAUGUUUGUCGCUUGUUCCGUAGAUCAAGCACCUCGUGCACUUUAGUAAACUCUAUGAUCCUUUCACACAUAUGUGGAUAAAACUGUGUUUAUCUGAGGGAGAGCGGAUUCUUUCCCUGUUCUUUUUUUUCUCCCCAGAAGCUCAUUCUCCAGUUUUUUUGAUCACAGUAAUGAAGAUCAACCCUCCCAAGAAUUUUGAAACUAGUGCUUUAUGGGCUCCUGACAGAGAUCAGUCCAAGCUGUGAAUGUGUAGCCGUUGCCUUAUAAAAAUGUUCACAACACACACUGAAUUUUCUGGCAAUGGAACUCCUGUAAGAUUUUCCAAAAGUUCAUAAUAUAUUCAAAGAAGUCUCAAAAUUUUGAAUGUAAAUAUAUAAAUGUAUUGCUUUCUGAAGCUGCUGCUGUCCUGCCAUGCUGAAUCUGUGCCUUCCCCUUAACAAUGUCUUAUUUUAUAUUUGUACUCAAGAUUUGGUGGCUAGAUCAGACGACAUAUAUCACGUUUUGGCAAAAAUAAAUGCAAUUGUA